AUGGAUAAACAAACCCAGACCAGGCGUUGUGAUGAAUUUAAGCGAGUCUACAAGCUACUUAAGAGUUGUGAAUCUUGGUUUCUUACCCCCGGUGAUCUCCAAGGCCUCGGAAUAUAUAGCCAGCAAGUUGGCAUGGCAGGUGACGACUCCGUACAGUUUGAUCCAUGUUUCUUUCGGCCUUAUCCGGAAAAGGUGCUUCAAAGAUAUCCACUCGAUACGGUGUCGAUGGCUGCGGAUCACCAGACCCUUAAACGGCUUAAUAACCCCCGGGACUUCCACACUCUGUUACGAGAAGUCCAGAAUGAACCUGGGAUUGAAAAUCCCCUGGAAACUGCCAAAUCAAGAUGGGAUAGAAUGGCACUUUUAUUUGGGUCGGAUGCCUGGGAAGAUCAUGCUAGACAGACACAUUGGCAUAUUCGAUCCCAGCGGAUGCUUCCUCGGAGAGGGCUUCCCCGGGGCUCUACUCUCAGCGAUCUAAGUACUAUCUACGAAGAGAGUCUUUCAGCCAAGCUUAAACCCACAUGCAAUUAUGAACUUUUAUCUGAUGUUCCCGCUAAUCAUGUAGAGAAUUGCCUUACUCUCCAAGAAGUAAGCGCUAUUAUAACCGUGAUGGUUGCUCGAACAUCCAAUCGGCCAUUUCGGGACCACCCGAUCCAUCCACUUCAUUACAUGGAGAAAGCUUGCUUUUGCAAUAUUCUCAGCUAUGGAGUUUUGCGGAUGACGAAACGGCACCGGUUGAACGGGAAUUGA